AUGCAGUUUUUAAUCCUUUCAAAGAUCGGCAAAAAGUGCGAACUUCUCUCAGUAGAAAAGAUUGUAGGAGAACGCGGACUUACCAUUUUGCUAAACAAUGCUGGAAUCUUUGUAAAGUAUUUCACAAACCAGGAGCCGAAUCGUGCCGAUCUCAUCAAGAACUUUGACACAAAUGCAGCUGGUGUGGCCGUCCUUACGCAAACAUUCUUUCCAUUGCUACGUAAAGCCGCCGGACAAGUCCACACAGAUGAGUUUUCUGUUAACCGAGCUGCGAUUCUUAACAUUUCGUCGGGAGUUGCGUCGAUUGCUGACAACACAUCGGGAUCAGGCAAUUCUGGCAUGUUGGCCUACAGAAUCAGCAAACCAGAUCAUAUACUUAUUGCGAUGUUCUGCCCCGGAUGGGUUAAGACUGAUAUGGGUGGAAGCGAUGCCACUAUCACGGUCGACCAGUCCACAGAAGCAUUGGUCUCUUCAUUUCAAAAACUGACGAAAGAACAUCAUGGUGGCUACUUCAGACGAGAUCUGACUCCUAUUCCAUUUUAA